AUGAAGUCCGAUGCUGUGCACCAUGGCCAUGUGGCUGGCCACCCCCACCCUCAUCACCCUCACCAUCCCCAUGGAGACGAAGAGGAGUACGUGAUUGAAGUGGAAAGUGACUUGAGCCCGACGGGGCCUGACAUCAUCAGGGAAGUGGAUCAUGAUCACCACAACGUGAAGGUCAAAUUGAAACGGAGACGUCGCUGUGGCAUCUGUGGUCCGUGUCAGAUCAAGCAGAACUGUGGCCGAUGUCACUACUGUCUGCGUAGGGACGUCCUGAAACAGACGUGUGUCUAUCGUAAAUGUGUCUACUUGAGGAGCAAGCCGAGGAGCAUGAGUCCAAAAGAGAAUGUUUCUAUGUCUGCUCUCAAUUUGCAGUCAGGACUUGGCGUUGCCACGCCGACAGACCUUAGUAUGCGCACAAGUUUAACACCGAGUGCUUCUGGCUCGUCUUCAAAUGACUUUCAAGGGCUCUCGUCCAUGUAUCACCACCCUGAUCUUGAUUCGAGAGCUUUUACGGGUAGCUCCCCUUCGAUUCCAUUGCAUCAUGACCCAGUCAUUCCAUCCAGGAUGAACCCGUACAUGGGCAGUGCUCACACGGGACCCUACCCCAUCAACAUGUUCCCCAGCAGCAGUCUGGCGGCUAACUCCAGUUUACCAAACCCAUUUCAGAUGGGUAGUUGCAGCAAUAGCCCCUUCCGGUAUCCAUGGAUGCCUGGUUCAUUUGCAAGACCAUCCGUUGUGUCCAGUCCCACUGACCUUCUGCGGCCAUCGCCAUCAUGGCCACCACCACCAACACACGGACUGUCAUCAACACACCAGAGGAUGGCAUCGGACUUUGGGGCAGAAUCAUUUCAAAAGGAUAUGCCUUUCAUGAAACGGCGUUCCCAGCAGGACCUUCUGCAAAAUAGACAAAGACUUCCGUCUUGCAGCAGGUCAUUGGCCCCAAUGUGUGGAGGUGCUUCGAGCGGGUGUGAAACGCCAGCCUGCUUUAAUUCGGAUGCAUUGGUAAUGCGUGAAAAAUAUGGCUGUUUCCCUGGGCAGGGCUCUCGAUCUCUUGGCUGCGACAGUAGUGGUCACAUGACAUCGGGGACUAUGAAUAGUAGCUACAACCGAGGACGUGCAUCGUCACAGUAUGAGUGUGAUGUCAUCGGCAUUGACGAUUUCCAGGUGAAUGCCUUUAUCCGAGCCAGUGGCUAUAAUGGUUUAGAUAUAGAGAUAGAUAUUGCCAAAGCACCCAUUGUACCCCUUGCUGCAAAGUAUAAAAGCAAAUCCACUUUGGCUGGAACGCUCAGUGUCAUGCAAGACUUGGGAGACCAGGGUACUGUGGAGUUACAGGUGCCAGGCCACAAAGUGACCCUGGAAGAUCAUAUUAAUGUUGAUGAAAUUCUUGCCAAAUAUGCCAACAGUUUAAAAGAAAAUUUUAAUAUUGUUGAGCAAUCAAGAAUUGAAUUUAUAGGCACCAAUGCUUAA